AUGGCUACCAAUAUUCAACCCCUUCCAAAGCUGGAGGUUCCCUACUCUCAGCACGUGGUCGACGUUUCCGUCAUUGACAGCAUGACCUAUGUUCGUUAUCCUUUGAAUUUCUUCUUGAAAAAUCCCCUUCCUGGUCACGAGAACCUAGAAUGCCCUUCUUUUGUCUUUCUAGUCCGGCAUCUAUCAGGGAAGAAAGAAAGUAUCUCUAAGUAUACUUUAAAUAUAAAGUCUAAAAAGGAUAUUACCCAGAUUCUUCGAGAGGAUAGGACUAUCUCGCUAGAUAAGAUCAAUUCUAUUAUUUGGAGCUACUGGCAUACUAAUUAUGUCAAUGAUUUAUUUACCUUUCCCUUUAGCAUAGAACUUAUUAGGCAUGCAGUAGGGCAUAUAUGUAGCCUGGUAUGCACUUCUCUGUCUAUAUUUAUUUUUAUAGGCAGUAAUAGCUAUUAUUAUUAUAGCAGCCUAAGACCUACAAUUUACCCGAAGCAUAGCUGCAUAGAGCCAUACUAUAGUCAUUUAGAGCAGGCUCAUGGGCGAGAUGUCGCUAAGGCAGCAGAUACUAUUGAUAAAAUGAUUAUCUUCGAUGCUAGCGAGGACGUUUUUGUUAUUCUUGCGUAUAACAAGACCCUGCUAGAUGUCAUGGACUUCUUUCCUAAGAGUGCCAAUAGAUAG